AUGUCCGAGAAAAGCAUUAUUGAAGUUAAAGUUGAACCGAAAUAUGAACCGGACUCGGAGGACUCACCAUCGCCUCAGUACCACCUUGCAUCCGAUGAGGUCGUAAAAGAGGAGUGCAGCAGCUAUGACUUUUAUGAAAAGUUUACACCCAACGCGCUGGGGGUUCCAAACCAAUUCAAGUGUCCCCAUUGCAGUUAUUCAACCGCGUACAAAAUUGCACUGCUCAAGCAUUUAAUGAAGCACGGUUCUACUUUUAAAUGUGACCUGUGCGAUUUUGGCACCACGGAUAAACGUCACAUGAAGCGGCAUCAGUUGUGCCAUACGGGUAACCGAUAUAAAUGUGACCAGUGCGAUUAUUCUAGCGUGUUUAGGUAUAAUAUUAACCGGCACAGUGCGGUACAUAACUCGUUCAGAUGUGAACGGUGUCGUUUUACGACCACCUGCAAGUCGAGCCUGGCAGAUCACUUGUCAGUGCACAAUGCCUUAGCGGAGAUUAAAACCGAAAUCACCAUGAUGAAAAAGAGAAGGGGGCGGCCCAAAUUAAUUCGAAAAGAGAGGCGAUGGAUUAAAUGUGAACAUUGCGAUUACAAAACAGCGUACCACUACAACAUCAAACGACACUCUUCAAUGCACAACUCCCCAACAACAUUUAUGUGUGAACAUUGCACUUUUAGCACCAAGUUCAAGGGGGCCAUGGCAAAACAUGCAAUGAGCCACAAAACGACCGCCGACUCGUUUUAUAAGUGUAGUCAGUGCGAUUUCACAACGACCAAGUACAGCUACAUGAAGCGCCACAGGUUGAUUCACAACGGGCGGAAAUUCCAAUGCGACCAGUGCCCUUACACCAGCCAACACAAAUACAACAUACGAAGACACAUCGCGAUGCACAACAAAUCACACGUCCUGAAAUGUGACCAGUGCGAUUACACCACCUACUGGAUUAGCUACUUGAAACAGCACACCCUCAGCCACAGCGAUUUAAACCAAUACAAUUGCGUACAGUGCGAGUUCACGACCAAAAACAAAAAGGCGAUGAAAACGCAUCGGUUAACUCACAACAGCGCGUCGUUUAAAUGUGACCAGUGCGACUACGCGACCAAACGUCGCGAGACCUUGUCAGCGCACGUAAAAGUACACGACAUCAUACGAACAUUCACGUGCGACCAGUGCGACUACGCGACGCCGAACCGAAACUGCCUGCGCACCCACAAGCUGUCGCACACCGCCCGGAUCUACAAGUGCGACCACUGCGACUACACGACGAAGUACAUUUACAGCAUCAAGCGGCACGCGUCAAUUCACGACACGCUCGCGAAACUCAAGUGCGACCUUUGCAACUACACGACCCACUGGAAGGACUACCUGAAGCAGCACCAGUCGACGCACAACACGACCGUCGACUAUGCGUGUCGCGUUUGCGAUUUCACGACGAAGAGCAAGUACGCGUUGCGCUAUCACAAUUUCACGCACAAGGGCGUGAUGUAUCUGUGCGAGUUGUGCGGUUACAAGUCGAAGUUUAAGAACAGCUAUAAGAAACAUUGCGCGACCCGUCAUCCGACGAGUGCCGGCGAUACCGUGCACUUGGGCGUGUUAUAA